AUGGAAGAACCCGUGGGGGCUCUCUUGCCAAAUGAGCUAUCUGCCUCGGCCACAGAGCCGAAAAAGCAUGCCGCAUGCGACGAGUGCAGGAAACGAAAGCUCAAAUGCUCGGGAGAACCCAGCGGCUGCUCCCGCUGCAUAAAGCAGUCAAUAAUAUGCAAUUAUUCAGUACAGAAGCCUAUGGGUCGACCGCCCAAGAAACGCGCGCGGGCGGCGGACGAUGCGGGGGAAUUCUCUAUACACCGCAAUAACAUCUGGCCCAGUCCAGAAGAUACUCCGCCAGAUUCUUGUCCUAUGGGAACGGAUUUGGCAGUGGCAACGGAUGCGCAGCAUCUCUGCCCGCAAUUUUUUGUCCACCAUGGUGGUCCGUCGCCGCCGGCACAACUCGAUUUACUCGCACGAGACGAGGACCACAACCAUACUUGGCGCCCAGAACGUUUGAGAAACCCCAAUAUUCCAGUUCCUGUGUCUUCAAGUCCCUGGCCGGACUUCACCGCCGUGUCUGAAGCAACAGCGAUGCCUGUUCCACCGCCAAUAAACUUUCUUAACGCACAUUCCCUCCCUCUUACCCCUCCAAUCACCAACCUCUCCGAUCCCACCAUUCCUCAAUGUACAUGCUUGUCAUAUCUUUACCUCUGCCUCAGCCAUAUAUCAUCGAUUGCCUCCUUCCCCGUCAGCUCUCAUACUUUAUGCUCCUUAUACAUCGCAGCCAGAACCGCGCAGGACGUGAUCCGCUGCGAAGCCUGCCCCAAAAAUUUCGCUACGGGUGUUCAGAAUGUCAUGUUCACCGGCACCCUCCUUACUAUCGUCGCAGACGCUUGGCUACGAGUUUUUAACAGUGACCCUGUCGAACUCGGAAUACAGUCAGCUCCACCAGAAUUUACGAGCAAAGUAAUGCAGUGUGCCAAUCCUGCAGAGGGCUGGAAGAUCUGGCUCCGUCAGAUCGUUCGUCGUGCUGUAGUUGGUGGCCACCUCCCGGCAGAGGCUGAGACGCGUUGCACAGGCCACCGCGACCUCCUGUCCCUGAUCAAAGAAGUCGAGAACCGCCAGCGGCGCUGGCAUGCGCCUGGGCAGCACCCGUGCACUGGAUACAACCCUAUGAGUUCCACGGCUGUCAGUGAUAGCCCGAAUGGAGAAGACAAUCCUCGCGAUGAAAAGGAGCUUUUGUGUUUACGUGUCGUCGGGAGCGCACGAGCGGUCCUCUCAAAAUUCAACUUUGAGCCUCAUGAUUUUCCCGAAGGCGUUAUACCAGACGAUCUGAAGCUCAAGUCGCCCUAA